AUGCCUCAAACCUUUACUCAAUGGCUGAGCUUGGUGGGGGCAAUAUGGCUUCAAUCCAUAAACGGAACAAACACAAAUUUCCCUGCUUACUCAUCCCAACUCAAAACUCUUCUCUCCAUAUCCCAACUCCAACUCAACAAUCUUGCCUUCGCCUCAGACGCCGGCAAGCUUUUCGGUUGGAUUUCCGGCAUUGCAGCUGUUUAUAUGCCACUCUGGCUCGUUCUUAUGUUUGGUGCCACUCUUGGUUUGACUGGUUACGUUUUGCAAUAUCUCUUCAUCACAAACCAAAUCUCCUCUCUUUCAUAUGGCUAUAUCUUUUUACUCACUGUUGUGGCAGGACAUAGCAUUUGUUGGAUCAAUACCGUUUGUUAUGUUGUAAUCAUUAGAAACUUCCCAUCAAAUCGUCAAGUAGCCGUAGGAAUAACAACUAGUUACUUAGGAUUAAGUGCAACAAUCUACACAGAUAUUGUCGACGCCUUAUACUUUCCCAGUAAAAGAGCUAAAGCUUAUCUUCUUCUGAAUUCCAUCCUUCCUUUAUUCGUUUGUGUCAUAGCCGCGCCUCUACUUAGAGAUGUUAAAGUUGGAAAAUGUAGAAGAAUGAGAGGUCGGUUCAUUGUUAUGUUUGUGAUAACAAUGGUCACGGGAACUUAUGCCAUUAUUGGUAGCUUUAAUUGGGUGUCAAAAAUAUUGUCGCCGCUUAAGAAUAUGAUUGGUAUGAUAGUAUGUCUAUUAGUCCCAUUAGUGAUUCCAUUUGGAGAAAAGAUUGGAGAUGUUUUAGCGAUAAAUUGGUGGUUAAAUGGAGAGCCAAAGGUGUAUAAUUCAACAGUAGAAGAGAAUAUGAGUGUGGAGAGAGUGGAGAAUGGAGUAAAGGAAGAUGAAGAAGAUGUAAGUGAGAUUGAAGAUCAUGAGAUUGGUGUAAUGGAGGAAAUUGGGGUGAAGUUGAUGGUGAAGAGAGUGGAAUUUUGGUUGUAUUUUUUUGUAUAUUUAUUUGGUGCAACUCUUGGUCUUGUGUUUCUGAACAACUUGGGACAAAUAGCCGAGUCUCGUGGGUUCACUGGAACUUCUUCUCUCGUUUCUUUGUCUUCUUCAUUCGGUUUCUUUGGGCGUCUCUUGCCAUCUCUUUUCGACUACUUUUUCUCAAGGAGCAAGUAUAUGAUUUCAAGCACAGGUGCGAUAGUUGCAUUAAUGGCUCCGAUGGCAGGAGCUUUCAUUUUACUUCUGAACACAACCAACCUUGCUCUCUAUGUGAGCACUGCCAUUAUAGGGAUCUGUACAGGAGCAAUUUCUACCUUAUCGGUAGCCACAACCACCGAGCUGUUUGGUUCUAAGAAUUUCGGUGUCAACCAUAACAUUGUAGUUUCAAAUAUUCCAAUUGGCUCCUUUCUUUACGGCUACUUAGCCGCCCUUAUAUAUCAUAAGGGAAGCAAUGAACAUGGCCAAUGCAUUGGAAUGGAUUGCUACAGAUUUACUUUCAUUUUCUGGGGGUCUCUGUGUUUCUGUGGGACUUUCCUAGCUUUCAUACUGUAUAUCCGUACAAGAAAAUUCUACUCACGUUAGAAGGCAAUGACAAAUUCUAAUAAAUUUCUCUGAUAGGGACGUAUAGUUAUAAAUUUUAUAAAAU